AGCUGUACAAUUCGCGAAGACAGACUAGAGAGCGACAACGAGUAGGGUGUGCAAGCGUUUGCAGCUCCCGAAUCCCAGGACACGUGCACAUCAUCACCAUGGACCGGUUAGCACGACUAGUCAGCUGCGUGCUGCUUGCUCUUCUCCCCCUCACCGCGGCCCUCAAAUUCGACCUGCAUCCCGUGGCCGAGCGCGACGCCGCCCGGUACGAGCGAUGCAUUAGGAACUUUGUUGCCAAGGAGCAGCUGGUAGUUGUUACGGCGACUCUGGACGGAUACAGAGGCGAUGGACAGAGGGUGAACAUGCAUAUCCGUGAUGCAAUGGGCAACGACUACCACCGGCCAAAGGACGUGGUUGGCGAGAACCGCUACGCAUUCACGUCGCACGCCGACUCGGUCUUUGACGUGUGCUUCGAGAACGUCUUCACAUCGGCCUCGUCGUCCAAGUCGAUUACGCCCCGCCACGUGGAACUCGACAUUGACAUUGGCGCCGACGCAAAGGACUGGAGCUCUAUUUCGGCCACGGAGAAACUGAAGCCUGUCGAGGCCGAGCUGCGAAGGAUCGAAGAGGUGGUUGCGGAAAUCGUCAUGGAGAUGGAUUAUCUGAGGAACCGCGAGCAGAAGCUCAGAGAUACCAAUGAGAGUACCAACGAGAGAGUCAAGUGGUUUGCUAUCGGCACCAUGGGCAUGCUGGUUGGACUGGGUGCCUGGCAGGUUGUGUACCUCCGCGCUUACUUUAGGAGUAAGCACCUCAUCUAGGCGCUUGUUGGACUGUCGAUUGAGGUGGUUUUCUGGAGCUUUGCGAGGCGUGCUUGGGUGUAAGAGUUGGAGAGACGAGGAAAGGAAAGGAAAGGAAUCGAAAGCGAAAGCGAAAGAGCUUGUGUAUUGACGCGAGUAUGAGAGCAGAAUCAUGGGAGUUGCAUACUUGGCUGGCAGGGCAAUUGUUGCGGCGUUGGUAGGAUAUGAUAUCAAAAUUUCGAGCCGUGCUCAUAACAUGAUAGCGCUCGUGUCCUAUUCUGAUUUCCUGUGGUGUAUGGAUAAUAUGCUGGUGGCCAUGUGCGGAGGUAUUCCGCCAGUGUACAUACGCCUGUGUAAGAUGGCAUGUGCGCAUGUGCUAGUUGGGGAAUCAUGUAUUCU